GGCUCGGUGUGUCCGUCUCUUCCCGGACUUGGAAUUAAUCUCACAUUACUGAAAGCGGCGGUUCGCACCAUGGAUGCUACCAUUUAUCAGAUCAUAUUUGGGGAGCUCGGGGACCUGAAUUGUAGUUUGAUUGAUGCUUUUCAAGACACUUUUUUGGAAAACGCUUCAUUGUCACUGCUGAGCACUGAUGGUUUAUAUUGCAAUGCCACAACCGAUGAGAUUGGAACCUGCUGGCCGCGGAGCAGCACCGGGAGGAUUGUAGAGAGACCCUGCCCUGAGUACAUCAAUGGGGUGAAGUACAACACGACCAGGAGUGCUUACAGGGAAUGCAUGGAUAAUGGGACGUGGGCGUUGAAGAGCAAUUACUCCAAUUGUGAACCCAUUUUGGAGGAGAAGAGAAAAUAUCCAAUGCAUUAUAAAAUAGCGCUGAUCAUCAACUACCUAGGUCACUGUAUCUCUGUGGGAGCUCUCGUCGUGGCCUUCAUUCUCUUCUUGUGCUUAAGGAGCAUACGAUGUCUUCGAAACAUCAUACACUGGAACCUGAUCACCACCUUCAUACUGAGGAAUGUUAUGUGGUUUUUGCUUCAGUUGAUCGACCACAAUAUCCAUGAGAGCAAUGAGCCUUGGUGUCGAUUAAUUACAACAAUAUACAACUACUUUGUGGUGACAAACUUCUUCUGGAUGUUUGUUGAAGGAUGUUACCUUCACACAGCCAUCGUAAUGACUUACUCCACUGAUAAGCUCAGGAAGUGGGUGUUCCUUUUCAUCGGCUGGUGCAUUCCAUGUCCUAUAAUAAUAGCUUGGGCCAUAGGAAAGUUGUAUUAUGAAAAUGAACAAUGUUGGUUUGGUAAAGAACCUGGGAAAUACAUGGACUACAUUUAUCAGGGACCAGUUAUUCUUGUGCUGCUGAUAAACUUUGUUUUCCUCUUCAACAUAGUAAGAAUUCUAAUGACCAAACUAAGAGCUUCAACCACGUCUGAAACAAUACAGUACAGGAAAGCUGUGAAAGCAACACUGGUCUUGUUACCUCUGCUGGGCAUCACCUACAUGCUUUUCUUUGUGAAUCCGGGGGAGGACGACAUCUCACAAAUCGUUUUCAUCUAUUUCAACUCCUUUUUGCAGUCUUUUCAGGGAUUCUUUGUGUCAGUGUUUUACUGCUUUCUAAAUGGAGAGGUACGUUCUGCAGUAAGGAAACGGUGGCACCGCUGGCAGGACAACCAUGCCCUUCGAGUGCGAGUGGCGCGAGCCAUGUCCAUCCCCACAUCACCGACCAGGAUCAGCUUCCACAGCAUCAAACAGACCACAGCUGUGUGAGCAGCACAUAAUCUCCAUCGCAACAUCUAAGGGAACAGACUUAAUCUUUUUGUCCAGUGCAAACAAUGAAGUGAUCCACAGAACAGACUGAAUCCUCCGACAAGGCCGCAGUGUGUCCAGUGUGAUUGAAGAGUGAAGAGAUUCUCUCGUCUGGUGAGAGCAAUUAAAAGCAUCUGAAAGUAUUCUUUAACCACACGUGAAGUAAAAUGGGCACAAAAGAUUCUUGGAGGACUUAUAUCCCAAAAUAUAUUGUACAUGAGGUGCACACGGAGUCUGAGUAUUCAAAAGACUUAAAGACGGCAUCAUUAUCAAACUGUCACAUCACAGCAAGUGUUAUCAUCUGAUCUUAGCGUUCUUAUGGCUGUCAUCUUACAGCUUAGCGUUUGUUGGUCUAGAGCAAGAUAAUCCUACAGGAUUUGCAGCAGGAUACUUGAACAACUCAUGCCCUUGUGGCAUCUGCUCCAUUGUUGCUUAGAGGAAGUGCAACAAGAACUACUCGCAAUUUAAUUAGAUACAUUGACCGAGAUGCAGUCAGAGAUGUUGGCAGAUUUGUAUUUAGUGUGACGAAUAUGAAAAUCUAAAAAUGCUCUUUGAGUUAGCACUCUCUGACAUCAGCAGCUGCGUUUGACAGCUAGAAAAGAGGCUUUGGGGAAGAAGAGGGUUCACCUGAAUUAAAUAUCAAAAAGUCGACGGUAUAAAAGGCAUAAGAUUCAAAAGAGACACUUCUCCUCUGACAAAAAUAAUUUGAACACUUCGUAUUCACCAAAACAUAAUCUCAACACGUGGUUAGAUGUUUUUGGUCAAUGUGAGAUGAUGAUUUUAUAUAAACAAGCCAUUCUAUGAGCCUUUAUAAUGUGUCCUCAGAGCAGUCUGAGCUCUUUUAUACAGUGCUAAUUUUUUUGUCCUGUACCGUACUGUUGUGAAUAUUGUUAAAAUACUCGUUCAGCUUCCUCUCUUCUUUUCCAGCUUUUUGUUUUCACCUCUAUUUUUAAAUUUGUUGGAUUCUCCUUUUUUUCUCCUCAUAGACGAAAGGUGUGAACGUAAAGAGCAAUUUAAGGUGUCAUGUGUUUGAACUCCCUGAGGUUGAUGGAUGAGCAGUCCCAAAUUAAAUCUCUCUUUUCAAAAGACUAAAGAUAAGAUUAUAUAUUACAUAGAGUUAGGAAAGUGAUUUUAAGCCAUUUAUGUAAAGUAUAUGUAUAUUAAGUACCAUGCAUGGAUUCAUCAUGCAGGCACAGUGGACGCAGAUUAAAUUCUUUUGGCUUUAUGAAAUCCUUGUGGCUCUCUAGUAAUCUGUGUCACAACUAAGCUGCUGGUUCAAGAGAAAAGAAGCUUGAUGAAGUGAGCACUGUACACUCGCCCCGCCGACUCUGCUCACACAAUAAUGGGAACAAACAUCUCUCUGCAAAGUCAAAGUCCAAAAGUACUUUUUGUUUUCUGCAAAGGGGGUGAAGAGGUGAGAGGGAGGGUUCACUUUAAAAAGGAUUAAAAAAAAAAAAAAGAAAAAUCUGAAUUAUGUUGCAAGCUUAAGCUUUGAUGCAGAUGCUUCUUGUGUGUCCCAAACAUUUACUGUCACAUCAGGGGAGCGUUUCUGUCCGUCAGGUGGUGCGAUUAAGAAUGUUCAAAGGAAUAGUUUGACAUUUUUGGAAAUGCAGUUAUUUUCUUUGUUGCUGAGUGUUAGAUGAUAAGAUUGAUACAGUUCUCAUAUUUGAGUUAGUUUAGCUUAGCUUAGUUUAGCUAAGCACAAAGACUGUAAUCGGGGGAAGCAGCUGGCUAAGGUCGCAUCAGGCCAUGUCUUCAACUGCCUGGAAAACAUGAGGUCAAGUGCUGUGUGAGACUCUUGUGCCUCAUCUGUGCCAAAUUUCAAGGGUGUGGAUACAAGUUGUGCCUGACAUUGCUUAACGACCAUAAACAGCAGCCUACUUACCAGAAAUCCGGAGUUUGAAGCUGACCGUCAUCCAGGCAUUGUUUUUUUUAAGUGGCAGUCUGUGGAGCAGAUGUAAAGCUCCAGGUUGCCAGGUAUCAUAGAUUUAUCAUAGACUGAUAUUUACUGAAGAAAGAGAAGAUAUCUGUUGGCUGUGAUUGGUUAAUCCUUUCACAUGACAUGCAGUGUGUGUUGCUGCAUUUCAAAAGUUGAACUCUUUUUUUC